GGCCUCCACAUAUAGCACGUAGAGGUCAAAGACGAGAUCAAGGAUUUGAGCAGGUCGCUCCAACAAAUCCAGAGGCCUCAUCUACGUAGCCAUUUCUACCUCCUCCUCCUCCUCCACCCUUUCUUCCACCUUCCCGAGCCCCGUCCUGGGAUCGGAAAGGCAUCGAGAAAGGAGUAAGGAUGCAAUCCUCCGCCCAUAUGAGCGACGGCAGAGGUAGCAGAAGAAGAAGCUUGAGAUGUUGAUAGUGUCUCCGAUUAGAAUGGAUCGGUUCCAACGCCUCCUCCUCCUCCCCUUUGUUCUCUGCUUGGCCUUCGUGACGUCCGCCUCCGGUCAACCGCAAGCACCUUCCGAACCGUUCACCCCGGCUGACAACUUCUUGAUCGACUGCGGGGCGACCGCCACGGUUACCACGCCCGACGGCCGUGCGUUUAAGACCGACGCGCAGUCUGCUUCUUUCCUCUCGGCGCACGACGAGGUCCGCGCGUCGGUCCCGUCCGCGCCCGGUGUCCCCUCCCCGAUCUACCUCUCCGCGAGGAUCUUCCAUGAGGAGACCUCCUACAGCUUCACGCUCUCUCGCCCCGGCUGGCACUGGAUCAGGCUCCAUUUCUUCCCGGUGAACAGCUCCGACUUCGACCUCACCAGCGCCGUCUUCUCCGUCAACACGGACGACCUCGUACUCCUCCACAGCUUCACCGUGGACGACCCCUCCAAGUGGGUGCUCAAGGAGUACCUCGUCAAUGCCACCUCCCCGCGCCUCGCCAUCCAUUUCUCCCCUCUCCGCAACUCCGUCGCCUUCAUUAACGGCAUCGAGGUCGUCUCCGCCCCCGACGCGCUCAUCCCCAACACGGCCUCCACGGUGUCGCCCGUGGGGCAGACCGACGGGCUCUCGCUGUCAGCGUACCAGGUGGCCUACCGGAUCAACGUCGGCGGGCCGGUCGUCACCUCCGCCAACGACACGCUCGGGCGCGCGUGGGGGCCGGACGAGCCCUUUCUGCAGUCGAGGUCCACCGCCGAGGCCGUGUCUGUGUCCCCCAGCAUCAUCAAGUAUCCCGAGGGAACCACGCCGCUGAUUGCACCCAACUCCGUGUACGCCACGGCCGUCAAAAUGGCGGACGCGCGCGUCGGGAGCCCCAGCUUCAACGUCACGUGGUUCUUCGACGUCGACUCCUCGUUCGGUUACUUCGUCCGACUGCACUUCUGCGACAUCAUCAGCAAGUCGCUUAACGAUCUCUACUUCAACGUGUACAUCAAUGGGCUGAUGGCAAUCUCAGGGCUCGACCUCUCCACCGUCACCUCCGGCCUCGCGAUGCCUUAUUACAAAGACUUCGUUCUGAAUGCCUCGAUGGCCACGGGCCGAAUCACCAUCCAGAUCGGUCCCAUGAAGGAGGACACCGGCAGGAUCGACGCGUUGCUCAACGGGGUGGAGAUUCUGAAGAUGAACAACUCGGUGGGGAGCUUGGACGGAGAGUUCGGAGUCGAUGGCUCGAGGGCUGGAGACGGCAGCGCGAAGCGGCGCGCGGUCGCCGCCGUCGGGUUCGCCAUGAUGUUUGGCGCAUUCGCUGGCCUAGGGGCGAUGGUGAUGAAGUGGCACAAGAGACCCCAUGACUGGCAGAGGAGGGAAAGCUUCUCUUCGUGGCUCCUCCCCGUCCACACGGGCAAUUCGACCUUCAUGACCGGCAAGGGCUCCGGCUACGGCUCGCACAGGAGUGGCUACACCUUCUCCUCCACAAUGGGUCUCGGCCGGUACAUGUCCCUGUCGGAGCUGCAGGCCGCGACGAAGAACUUCGACCAGAAUGCGGUGAUCGGGGUGGGCGGCUUCGGGAACGUGUACAUUGGCGAGCUCGACGACGGGACGAAGGUGGCGGUCAAGCGAGGGAAUCCGCAGUCGGAGCAGGGGAUCAACGAGUUCCAGACCGAGAUCCAGAUUCUGUCCAAGCUUCGUCACCGCCACCUGGUGUCGCUGAUCGGAUACUGCGACGAGAACUCGGAGAUGAUUUUGGUGUACGAGUACAUGGCCAAUGGGCCUUUCAGAGACCACAUCUACGGGAGCGACCUACCGCCGCUGUCGUGGAAGCAGCGGCUGGAGAUCUGCAUCGGGGCCGCACGCGGGCUACACUACCUCCACACUGGCACCGCGCAGGGCAUCAUCCACCGCGACGUCAAGACCACCAACAUCCUCCUGGACGAAAACUUCAUCGCCAAGGUGUCCGACUUCGGCCUCUCCAAGGACGCGCCGGGGAUGAACCAGACGCACGUCAGCACGGCGGUGAAGGGCAGCUUCGGCUACCUCGACCCCGAGUACUUCAGGUGCCAGCAGCUCACGGACAAGUCGGACGUGUACUCCUUUGGGGUGGUGCUACUCGAGGCCCUCUGCGCGCGGCCGGCCCUCGACCCGGCGCUGCCGAGGGAGCAAGUCAACCUGGCGGAGUGGGCGUUGCAGUGGAAGAGGAAGGGCUUGAUCGAGAAGAUCAUCGACCCCAAUAUCGCUGGCAGCAUCAGCAAGGACGCCUUGAGCAAGUUCGUGGAGGCUGCGGAGAAGUGCCUGGCGGAGCACGGGGUCGACCGGCCGUCCAUGGGCGACGUGCUGUGGAACCUCGAGUACGCUCUCCAGCUGCAGGACGCGAAUCCUGCCGACCCUUCUCCUCCUCAGGCGGUGAAGCCAACCGAGUCGGAGGAGGACACGAGCGUCGACAGUGCGGUCUCCGCCGGGCCUUCGCACAAGGAACACGAUGAGGCUCUUCCGGCGGCUCCGACCGUCAGCCAAUCUGUGGAGAACUCGAGCACGGCCAUGGCGAACGAGAUGUACGUGCAGCUCACGGGAAUGCGAGGAAGGUGAUCGAUCGACCAUAAACGGAGGUGUGUCUCCAGAGACGAGAUGGGUUUGGUUUAGUUUGCUGUUCUCUGUUAGGUGGCUUCUUCACGUGCGUUUGGGCUUUCAAGCGUCGUCAUUUGCCUCAUAUGAAUGAUGGAAUUUGUGUGUCAUUGUGAUAAUUUAAUCGAUCAUACUAUAAUAUUGGGUUUUUUUUCCUA